AAUUUGCUCCAUGUGAGGUUGUCCUGACACCUAUCUACUCCCUUGGCAAAGCAUUGACUAGCAACAAAACUGUACUUUUAGAGGAGACCGAAAAGGAUCCAUUUAACAUUCUAGACUUGAUGACAACUCACGUGAAGCCUUUUAAAGCAGUGAGAAGUUCUUCCUCCACAACUCCACCAAAUCUCGAUGCGUUGAAAUUGGUAAACGAAUUUCGACAAUUCAUUUACUCUGCUCCUUUGGAGGUUACCAUCGAUACUCCUAAAAAAGGGAGAGAACUCCAAGAGAUCUUGGAUAAGCUUCAAGCUAUCUCAUCUGAGCACCUCCCACUAGGUUUUGAAGAAGAAUUUAUGGUGGUGACUAAUAUGUUCAAUGGGAUCUAG